AAAUGAACACUGGCUGUUACAACCAUCCCUUGUCUCCACUAAAAUAUUUCUCCAUUAGAUGCAGUAUAACAUAGCAUUAAAUGAAAAUACUCAAGUAAAGUACCUCAAUUUUAUCCUUAAGUACAGCACUUGAGUAAAUGUCUUUAGUAACUUUCCACUACAGUACAACAUUCCCCAGCUGUAACCAGUGUACUCUCCCUCCUCUUCCUCCUGUGCAGAACUUGUACAUGUAUCUGUACAUGGCUGUGUCUAAGAGUGCCGGCACCCUGCGGGACCUGCAGCUGGCUCUGCAGCUGAAGAUCGAGGAGCUCCGUCAGAGAGACUCUCUGAUCGAUGAGCUGGAGCUGGAGCUGGACACAAAGGACGAUCUGAUCCGACAGCUGCAGAUCGAGCUGGACAGACAUCGCAGCGCCUCGCAGCACGCAGCCAACACUGUGGACACAGGAAGCACAGGAGCGCUGGUUCAGACUCCAGCAGCACCUGAUGAGCCACAGCGCAUAAAGAGACAGGCCAUCUCUGCAGAGCCCACAGCGCUGGACCCCUCCCAGCUCACUGGCGUCACACUCAAAAGCUACUGCAAGAGCAAAGAGUCCAGUGAGCUGAUCCAAAGGGCUCUAAUGGACAAUGACUUCAUGAAACAUCUGGAGCACGGGCAGAUCCUAACCAUCAUGGACUGCAUGCAUCCCACCAGCCUGACCAAGGGCUGCUGUGUCAUCCAGGAGGGAGACGACGGCUCCACAGUCUACGUUCUGGAGGAGGGAAUGGUGGAGGUGUCUAAACAAGGGAAGAAGCUCUGCAACAUUGGUCCAGGAAAAGUGUUUGGAGAGCUGGCCAUCCUGUACAACUGCACUCGCACAGCAACUGUCACAGCUCUGACUGACAUCAAGCUCUGGGCGAUUGACCGACAGGGUUUCCAGACCAUCAUGAUGAGAACUGGUCUCAUCAAACAUUCCCAGUACACAGACUUCCUCCGCAGCGUUCCCUCUUUCCAGUCUCUACCUGAGGACAUUCUCAGCAAACUGGCUGAUGUUUUGGAGGAGACUCAUUACAGCGACUGUGAUUACAUUAUCCGUCAGGGAGCCACCGGAGACACAUUCUUCAUCAUCAGUGAAGGACAGGUGAAAGUGUCUCAGCAGAACUCAACCAGUGACGAGCAGGUGACUGUGAAGACGCUCUCUAAAGGGGACUGGUUUGGGGAGCAGGCGCUGAAAGGGGAGGAUGUUCGUACCGCCAGCGUCACGGCAGUGGGAAACGUCACAUGUCUGGUUAUUGAUAGAGAGUCGUUCAAACAGCUGAUCGGAGGACUGGAUGACGUCAACAACAAGCAGUAUGACAGUGACGAGGUCAAGGCAAAACUGCAGGCGGAGGCAGAUUUCUUUUCCAGUGUGUCACUUAGUGAUUUAAACAUCAUCUGCACUCUGGGGAUGGGAGGCUUCAGUCGAGUGGAGCUGGUGCAGCUAAAGAAUGAUCCCACUCGAUCCUUUGCCCUCAAAGUGUUGAAGAAGCGUCACAUCUUGGACACCAGCCAGCAGGGUCACAUCCUGUCAGAGCGGAACAUCAUGAUGGAGGCUCACAGUCCUUUCAUCAUCAGGCUGUAUCGGACUUUCAGAGAUUCCAAAUAUCUCUACAUGCUGCUGGAGGCUUGUCUCGGAGGAGAACUGUGGACGCUGCUGCGAGACAGGGGAUCAUUCGAUGACGGCAUCACUCGCUUCUACACCGGCUGUGUCAUCGAGGCUCUGGCUUUCCUGCACUCCAGAGGGAUCAUCUACAGAGACCUCAAACCUGAGAACAUUAUCCUGGACCACAGAGGAUAUGCCAAGCUGGUGGACUUUGGCUUUGCUAAGAAGGUGGGUCUUGGUAAGAAGACGUGGACGUUUUGUGGGACUCCUGAGUACGUCGCCCCAGAGAUCAUCCUGAACAAAGGCCACGACAGCUCAGCUGACUGCUGGUCUCUGGGAAUACUGGUCUUUGAGCUCCUCAGUGGCAGUCCUCCAUUCUCAGGCUCUGACCCCAUGAGGACCUAUAACAUCAUCCUGAGAGGCAUCGACAUGAUCGAGUUUCCCAAGAAGAUCACUAAGAGUGCUGCGAACCUCAUCAAGCGACUCUGCAGGGACAACCCAUCAGAGAGGCUGGGAAAUCAGAAAAAUGGAGUGAAGGACAUCCAGAAACACAAGUGGUUUGAAGGCUUCAACUGGGACGGCCUCCGCCAGGGAACCAUAGACUCUCCAUUCACACCCACAGUGGAGGGACCGCUGGACAACAGCAACUUUGAUUACUUCCCCGAAGACACAGACGACCCUCCUCCUGAUGAAGAGUCUGGCUGGGACCUCGAGUUUUAGCAGGAUGUGAUGAAUGUCUGAAAGCUGACUGAACAAACAACUGAGCAAAUCUUCAGAAACAGGAAGUGAAGCCAUAUUCGAAAGAGAUAUUUAUUUCCUAUGAAUGUUUGCACAAAAGCCAAAGGGCAAAAUAAAGACAUGAAAAUCCAAACAUAAUCACUGAACAUAGAAAACAACCCAAUAAUCUCAGUUCAUAAAGGAACAGUGCGUCAUCAUGAUGAAGUAUUAGAACCACUGUUAAAGGUCCAGUGUGUAGCAUGUAGGCGGACAUAUUGGGAGAAAUAAAAUAUGUAUAUAAGUAUGUUUUCUUUAGUGUAU